GCAAGUGGCCCGACAAGGGCACCGACGCUUCGUGCGAAUCCUUUCCCUCUCUCCCCCCCUUCCCCCUCGGACCGUCUCUUUGAUAAUAGGACUAAAUCCGAGUUUCCAACGCGGGUGCUCAAAUGGAGGAUUGUCGGUCAGCUCUAAGAGAUAAGGGCGGUGGUCACCACGUGGUUCGGCGUCUAUCCUUGAGUACAUAAAAACCGAUUCACUUCCGUCUUCCGAAUCGCAUAUACACUCGCAACGCGUUUCCACGAACAUAUCCUCGUCAGCCACUUUUCCAUUCCCACGACCUUCACCACCCAUAUUCAAGUAGCAAAAAUGUGCUCCUACACAUAUUCGUGGUACUACUGCAACCACGACUACUACAUCUGGGCCAACAGCAUCGAAGUCUGCGCAAACCGCCUGCUGUCCAGCUACUCGUACGACGCAUGGAGCAACGACAUGUGCAAGAACAUGCAGGUAUCGUGCGGUGGCUUCUCAAACUACUACUGCUCGGACUGCAGCGAGGACGUCGCGUUGGAGUUUGAGCUCGACGAGCUGUAGGACGCGGUCGGGGGAUCGCGAACGGCCAGAGCGGUGGAUCGAGUCUGGAUUAUGUUCACCACCACCCUACCGUUUUUUCUGCCCCCCUGCUCGGAGUUAAGAGAGGCUUCGCUCACCGCCUUUCCUCUCGCGACGCUUCCCCGCCCCCACUUCGAUUCUCGACCCACCCUUCCUGCAACUGCUUCUUAGUUGUUUCUUAUUUUUUCGCACGAUGUUACUUUUUGAUGGUCAUUCACAUAUAUCAUUGCGCUAGAGACUCGUUUUCUUCUCUGCUCCUCGCAUUCAAACGCGCUACCUUACCAGCAAGUCAUCGGGUGCAAUUUGCACAGGACCCGAUUACAUGCUUGCGUCUCAUCUUCAUCAGUCAGUUCAUUUGGGAGUCAAAAGGAGGAGUUUUUGCAUCAGUAUAUUUUUUUUACAUGGUUUCUUCCGUCUUGCUGCUGCUUGCAUCA